GAAAUAUGUCUCAUUUUAUUUCUUAUGUACAUCUUUCCGAAAACCAAAUCAAAGGGAGAUUGCCAUUAUUGAUGGGCUCUACAAAGCUAUGGUACUUGAAUUUGAGCUCAAAUCAAUUUGAAGGCCCGCUACCAUCUCUACCACAUAAUCUUCUAAUCAUUGAUCUCUCCAAUAAUUUUUUCACUGGAGUACUUCCAAACAUUGUAUUGCCACAGAUAGAAUACUUAUUCUUGUCAAAUAAUGACAUUGGUGGUCGUAUACCAUCUGCUCUAUGUGAAUCAACUUUUUUGGGAGUUCUCGAUCUAUCAAACAACAACUUGUCAGGAGAAAUUCCUGAAUGUAUCGGGAAGUCACAAGAGUACCUUUCUGUUAUAGAUGUGUCAACAAAUAAUCUUGUUGGGAGGAUCCCUGACUCCCUUUGCUCGUCGAAAUAUAUUUCGCUGCUAAAAUUUAAUAGUAAUGGUUUCUCUGGAGAAUUUCCUUCGUUGCAAAAUUGCACAGGUUUGGUUAUCCUUGAUCUCGGAUAUAAUAAGUUUUCUGGAACAAUACCAUUUUGGAUCGGGGAAAGUUUAACUCUUCUUAUGGUUCUUCAGUUACGUUCAAAUAUGUUUUCUGGCGGCAUUCCGGAGCAAAUUGCACAACUUGGCUCUCUCCAAGUUUUGGAUCUUUCUAGGAAUAACUUAUCAGGACCAUUACCACGAUCCUUCGGCAAUUUCAGCUGGAAAGCUUUAAAACAAGGCAGAACAGAUAGAAUUAAUAAUAUCAGUGUAUAUUAUUCAGUUAGUAUAUCCUUGGAUAUUAAGGGAGAGGAGCUUCCAAUUUGGAAGAUACUCUAUCUAUUUGAAAGCAUAGAUCUUUCAGACAACAAUCUAAGUGGGGAGAUCCCGGAUGAGAUUACUGAUCUGCAUACACUACAAUAUUUAAACUUAUCUAGGAAUAAUUUGAUUGGACAUAUUCCAGAAAAAAUCGGUGAAAUGCAAUCACUGGAAUCUCUAGACCUUGCAAUGAAUAAGCUUUUCGGUGAUAUUCCUCAAAGUCUUUCGGCACUGACUUUUCUGAGCCACUUAAAUUUGUCGUAUAAUAAUCUCUCGGGAGUAAUUCCAACAGGAAAUCAGUUGCAGACCCUUGACGAUCCAUUCAUUUACAUCGGCAAUCCAUAUCUCUGCGGGCCACCGAGUACGAGAAAUUGUUCUGCAAAUGAAAUAAAUUAUGAGGAUAAUGAAGGCCCUAAGGAUAAGUUUGAGUGGCUAUGGAUAUACUUUGGUGUUGUACUGGGAUAUCUAUUCGGUUUAGCAGUUUUUUGUGGGGUUUUGUUGCUCAAUAAUGCUUGGAGGAAUGCUUAUUUCUCUAUGAUUGAUAUUGUAUGUGACCAGCUUUGUAUUGUAACUAAAGUAACUUUGGCUAGACCAAGACAAAGAUAUAGGAGAUGAGGUAGUUGGAAGAGUAGCAUCUUUAUUAAUGUAAGGUGUGGUUGGUCUUUUUAGUAUUUCACUUCUGUUUUGUAUAAUUUCAUUGCAAUAGUAGCAUUAAUUAUGAGAAAUAAAUUA